UGAUGUUUUGGUGCUUAGUUUGUAAAAUCAUAAACUAAUUUGAUGUUUAAUAGGCUUUUCCUUAAUGCCUCCUUAUUAUCCAACAUAUUCGCUUAUCCAACGUUCUGCGGACCCGUUUACGUUGGAUAAGAGAGACUCUACUGUACUUUUUCUGUCAAAUUUGUUGUAUAACAUGAUGUUUUGGUGCUUAAUUUGUAAAAUCAUAACCUAAUUUGAUGUUUAAUAGGCUUUUCCUUAAUGCCUCCUUAUUAUCCAACAUAUUCGCUUAUCCAACGUUCUGUCGGCCCGUUUACGUUGGAUAAGAGAGACUCUACUGUACGUUUUCUGUCAAAUUUGUUGUAUAGCAUGAUGUUUUGGUGCUUAAUUUGUAAAAUCAUAACCUAAUUUGAUGUUUAAUAAUGGAAAUCAAAGAUACAGAAUGGGGGACGCAUGGCUCGACAGCAGUGUGUGCGAAAAAGACCUUGGAGUCCUCAUGGACAACAAGUUAAACAUGAGCCAACAAUGUGAUUCAGCAGCUAAAAAAGCCAACGGGAUUCUGGCCUGCAUAAAUAGGGGUAUAGUGUCUAGAUCCAGGGAAGUCAUGCUCCCCCUCUAUUCUGCCUUGGUCAGACCACACCUGGAGUACUGCGUCCAAUUCUGGGCACCACAGUUGAAGGGAGAUGUUGACAAGCUGGAAAGCGUCCAGAGGAGGGCGACUAAAAAAGGGUCUGGAGAACAAGCCCUAUGAGGAGCGGCUUAAAGAGCUUGGCAUGUUUAGCCUGCAGAAGAGAAGGCUGAGAGGAGACAUGAUAGCCAUGUACAAAUACGUGAAGGGAAGUCAUAGGGAGGAGGGAGCAAGCUUGUUUUCUGCUGCCCUGCAGACUAGGACACGGAACAAUGGCUUCAAACUACAGGAAAGGAGAUUCCACUUGAACAUCAGGAAGAACUUCCUCACUGUGAGGGCUGUUCGACAGUGGAACUCUCUCCCCGGGGCCGUGGUGGAGGCUCCUUCCUUGGAGGCUUUUAAGCAGAGGCUGGAUGGCCAUCUGUCGGGGGUGCUUUGAAUGCGAUUUCCUGCUUCUUGGCAGGGGGUUGGACUGGAUGGCCCAUGAGGUCUCUUCCAACUCUACUAUUCUAUGAUUCUAUGAUUCUUAAUAGGCUUUUCCUUAAUCCCUCCUUAUUAUCCAAGAUAUUUGCUUAUCCAAGCUUCUGCGGGCCCGUUUAGCUUGGAUAAGUGAGAUUCUACUGUAUUACAACCUUACCCUAGGUUCACUUCUGACAUGAUAAAUAAAUAAAUAAAAUACCCAGAGAAUAUUAAGACAGAUAACCCACAAUAUCUGCUUUGAAAUGUGUUAUCUGAGUCCACACUGCCACAUAAUCCAAUUCAAUGUAGAUUUCAUACAGCUUGUGUGGAAAGGGCCUCAGAGACGUUCCAAGGAAAUUUCUGAAACAUGUGAAGUGAAGUUCAAAGAAGUAAUAGUGCUGCUAGUACUAACGCCAACCAUGGCAUGGAAGGAGAAGAAGGGGAGGGGAAAGAAAAGGAAGCCCUCUUCCCACUCUGCCUGUGUUGUGUUGUGCUGAGGGAGGGAAGGCGGCUGUGGGCACCGAAGCCGAGUGGGCGGGAAAAAGGCUCUCUCUCAAGCUCUUUCCUUCCAGAGAAGGAGAAGCCGAGAAGGGAGUCACUCACUCACUGCUGCUGCUGCAGCAGCUUCCUUGGCAAGGAAACUGAGCCUCAGACGGACUGCUUGGCCCAGGAGAGGAGUUUUCCCCCGCUUCCUGAGGGGAAAACGAAGGGAAGAAGCCCUGGGCCCUUCCACACAGCCAUAUAACCCAGAAUAUCAAGGCAAAACAUCCACAAUAUCUGCUUUGAACAGGGAUAUCUGAGUCCACAUUGCCAUAUAAUCCAGUUCAGUGUGGAUUUUAUACAGCUGUGUAGAAGGGGCCCUCAUUGCCAUGGCCAAGUUGGCGCCCACUUGCUGGACCCUCGCGUUUCUGGUCACUCUUUGCACCACUGGCGCCCAGUUCUCCAUACAAAUUACCCCUCUUUGUAAAGGUGACCAACACUACGAAUACGCUGGGCAAUGCUGCACCAAAUGUGAACCAGGAAAGUACAUGGCUGCAAAAUGCACUGCCACCUCAGAGACUGUAUGCCAACCUUGUGGCCCAAAUGAAUAUAUAGAUAUCUGGAAUGAAGAAGAAAAAUGCUUGCUUCAUAAAAUAUGUGACCAUGGAAGAGCUUUAAUAGAAGUAAAUCCGGGAAACAGCACAUCUCAGCGACAGUGUGCCUGCACUGCUGGUUAUCAUUGGAAUGAAGACUGUGACUGCUGUAGAAGAAACAGAAAAUGCCCCCAGGGUUCUGGAGUUAAACAUCCCAUACAACAAAACAAGGACACGGUGUGCACACCAUGUCCCACAGGAUACUUUUCUAACGUUUAUUCUGCGACGGAUGCAUGCAAAAUGUGGACUAACUGCACAGCUCUGGGAACGGAGGAAAAGAUGCCUGGGAACAGCUGGUCUGAUGCAGUUUGUAGGCAGCAUUUGAAACCACACGAACAAGAUGAUUCCAACACAUUACUUUAUAUAGUGAUUGCUUCAUUCUUCCUUGUUGCUUUGGUUGGCAUUUUUCUUCUCGUGAGAUACUAUCACAAAAAGGGGAAAACAUUAACAGCAGAUUUGCAGUACUGGGCUCAUGUGGUAUGCAGACAAAUAAAAAGGACAAAGGAUUCCCCUUGUGAUACAUUUGUAAAUGGAAAUGUGGCAUGUCCUGAGGGUCCUCUGCUUUUGAAAGACAUGUAUUCUUUUUCUGAGGAUGUAUUUUAUCCACAAGGACAUAAUGUCAAUGGAGAAGGUGUCCCUGAUGCAAUCCACUAUGAAUCGGGCGAAGAUUUCCCAACACAAUCUCUUAUAACAAUGUCUGAAGAUGACCACUUCAGGCAGGUUCCCAUGGAAGAUGAGUAUACGGACAGAAUGUCCCAUGGCCCCCAUUACUUACCGUUACUUAGUCAAGCUGAAAGCAAGCCUAUCUCAUGUUUCUCAGAGCCAUUGGAAAUGGGGGAGAAUGACAGCUUGAGCCAGUGCUUCAUGGGAACAGAGAACGUCCUGGAAUUUCCAUAUUGCUGUUGCUCAGAUGCUUCCUGUGGAACAGACACCGUCCAGCCAUCUUCCCACAAAUGCCUGCCAACCUCUUGCUAUCAUUCUGCCUGUAGGGAUGCUGAUAUGCAGGAUAUAAGUGAUGCCUUUUUAAAGUCUGGAGAGACAUGUGGCUGCACUGCCUGUAAAGCAUCUUGUAGAGAAUCCGCCAGUAAACAUUUCUGUACUGGCAAUUCUUUGGAAGACAGUAGCCCUUCUCCACUGGGCACCUAUGGCUUGGACUCCCCUUCAUUGAGCCAUACUGAUUCUGCAAGCGACUCUGGUGUCAGAAGUGACCCCUUUGAUGGGAAUGGCACAAAACAGCAGAAUGCAAAAAGAAUUCCUGAGUCGAACUGCAAUACGUCGGAUGCCCCAGCAGCAUCUGGUAAUGUGACUGGAAACGGCAACUCUACCUUCAUUUCAAGUGGACAGGUCAUGAAUUUUAAAGGGGAGAUCAUUGUGGUCUAUGUCAGUCAGAACUCCCAAGAGGGAUCCAUGUCUCCGGGAUCCAGCGAUGACAGUCUGGGGAGCCCAGUGCAAGAAGAAAACCUGAACCGUUGUGAGACAUUUGCAGGCAACGCUCACCAGUAUAAGGAAAAAUGUGCUGAAAUGAAUUUGCCUCACAGCAUGAGCAGCAGCGAACCAGCAAGCACUGUGGGAGGGUUCAAGAGGACUUCAGGGCCUAUUGUUCAGGAAGAGAAUCUUAAGGGCCAGGACAAUAAACACCUCUAUAAUGAGGCUUCAUGGCCUGUACAAGAGGAAGGAAAGUCAGGGCAGUUUCUAAAGCAAGCGCUGAACUGAAGGAAAUUGGCACCUGCCUAUUGAUUUCUGGCAUUCAGUUAACAUUCACUCACUGAAUGUGGAUUCUGGAAAGCGUUACCAGAAUAGCACUGAAAAGCAAAAGAAAUCCAAACAAACAUCGAUUCGCUGUUGAAUUGUCCGAUUGCUUCAACUGACCGGGAAACUUUGGCUCUUCUUUGGGAUUCUCACAUAUAAAAGCGAACCAAACAACUUUGGUGCUCUUUGGGACAUUUUUCACAGUCUUCCAGGAAAAAGUUGAAUCCUUGAGAUCUGAGUCACAAGACACUUUUCUGUUAUUUCAGUGUCUCUAAGACGGGGAGAUACAUAAACUCCUAAGAACCUCUUUGAUGCUGCUAAAGACUCUAAUCCAAAGCUUGCAUUUGGAUUGAAUGGUAGACUCUGGGCAUGUACAAGCCUAGCAUGGAAAGAGCAGCUGCUGUUUUUUCCUACCAAGGGUUGAGUGUAGCUUCCUCAUCUUUACUAUUGGAAAAACACAGGAAUACCUCUGAUUCAGUUCUUAGCAUUGCCCUUCCCUGUGCUUCAGAUUGCCUUUUCGCCAUGGUAAAAAACAUGUUCAUUUAAAUGCUCUUUCACCUGCUUGAAAAACAAAACUGGUUUUCAACAGAAUUACAAAAGUUCUCUGGGUCUGGGCUUGGGCGAGUUCUUCUCAUAACACACAGCAGGCAGUUGGCACAAUAUUUAGCUGGAUUUUGUUGCAAACCUGCAGAAUCAGUUACUUGCCAGAACUUGUUUUUAAAAAGUGUUGCUUUUUAAAAACUAUUUUCUCCCAGAAUUUGCUAGUCAAUGUGGCUACUGAUCAAGCUGGCUAAGUGAGAGGAUUGAGAGUAGCAACUGAAAAGACUAAGUUCCCACACACAGCCAUUUUCCUUCAGCAGAUCUCAGGAAAGAAGUGGGGUUUCAUCAUCAGUCCAUAAUUUAAUUUGCUUCACAGUCUACAAAUCAGAAUUAAAAUAGAGACUAUGGAUGUUGUACUUGUGCGAACGACCAGAAAUUGAAUACUCAUGAAUGGUGUAAAAGCAGCUUCCAACUACUAUAUUAAUCUAUCCUCAAGACAUGAAAGAAAUACCUUUCCUUGAAAGCCUAUUGAGGAAAGAACUAGAGAACACACAAUUGAUCCUCAAUCAGAAAUACCGCCUAAGAUGCCUAUAAUUCACUUUUAGCACCAUCCAUUGUUUGGAGUGUGGUUAUCGAGCUCCACUGUACAUUCACUUGUUUGGAAAAUUAUUGUUUAGAUAACAAGUCCAAGAAUUCUCCAGCUGAUUGUUGUUCAAAAAACGUAGCUUUCCGAUCUCAGAUUUUGACACAUAUGUAGUUACCUGCAGCAUACUACAGCACAGGCUGAGCAGUAUAACUCUGUUUUAAUGUAUUGAUUGUGUAUUCCUGUAGGGCAAGGGGUUGGACUGGAUGGCCCUUUUGGUCUCUUCCAAAUCUAUUUCUAAGUAUGUACAAAACUGUUAUUAAAAUAAUCUGUAUAUUUAUUCUGAUCACAGACACAGUUUAAGAUCACAUUCCUGAGCACAAGACCAGUCUAUAACGUUUUGCUCCCUGACCUGGAGUAGCAAAUGUACCCUUAGUCAAAGUGCAAAAUACCCAAGACCAGCCAAAGUAUUCCUCUUCUUCAUUAUCAGAAUACAGUAGUCCUUCAAAGGAUUAACACUGUGCUGAUAUUUUGUGACACCCAGAAUCUGAGGUAGUCAAUGUCAUCUCACUCUAAUAAUUGAAUUGGCCCUGCAUGAGGUUAGACGUCUUUUUAGUGUUGUCCUGGUGCUGGCCAUCAUAAACACCCACAAUUCUGGUGGGAACUUUAUCAAUGUGUUGAUAUGUUGCCUAAAUAAUACAUUACAUUUUUUUUAAAAAAAAUCUUAAACAACACUAAUGAUGUAUAUUAACUGAGAAAUUUGGUCUUCUACUGAAUAUUGUAUUAGUUAAAUUGCUGAAAUGUCUGCAUAUUAAUUAUUUUUAAAUGGGGAUGUGGGUGUUUCUCUCAGCUGUCAGUUUAAUAAUGCAAACCUCUGCACUGCCAAAAAAAAAGAUAUUUCCAAAAUCUGUUUUUCGUUUGAUUUACAAUUUGUUUGAUUUCAAUGUUUAACUUUACAAUUCUAAAAUUGCAAAAUUGUUCUAGAUCUUGAGUUGAGAAAGUUUCAUUGCUUGCUCUGACCAGUCAUUGCUACACCUAGCUAGUUUCUGCUGCUAACUUGCAACCCUUUAAAACUGGCCAGAAUCCUGUAUCAGUUUAUACUUAACUAUUUUCUCCUGGCCCAACAUCUCCAAACCUGGUGGAAUUUCUCUGAUCAUCAGCAGAAUGGGCUACCAUCCCUCCAUAAAGCUUAUGCCCAGUAAAAUAGGUGGAUUGGUGAGUAUGACUGUGGCAAUCAAAAUUGUGACCAAGGAGUAAUCAUGAAUACAAAAUAGUUAAAGUUAAGUAUUCAAAGGAAGACUAAUUGCCAGAGGAAAAAGAAUAGGAUAUGUUACCAUGAUUUAAGAGCUUGGCCAGUCAAGUUGUGGAGCUCUGACCAAACAUGACAUAGGUCUGCAUAUUGGAGGUUGGCUGAACAUGAGUGAUCUUACCCAUAAUCUUCCACCUUCUGCUUUGUGUUCUGCCUCAUAUCCACUGAGUAAGCACUACACAAUCAACCCCAAUAUUAGCAUCAUCAGUUUAUUAAUAAUAGCGGCAUCACCUAGGUCUAGAAACCUGAGGCCUGGGACAAACCAUGAUUGUGAUGAUGAUAAUAUUAAGGAAAGGGAAGGAGCAGUCCAGUGGGUUAAUGAGCAAUCCUUUGUGUAUUUAUAUUAGAGAAAGCUUAUUUUAGUGGUAAAAAUGCCAAGACCCAACAAUUCUACAUUAUCUGCCAUGGUUACAUCCCAUUGAACCCUAGAGGUUGUAGUUUGGUCACAGGCAGCAGCACAGUUCUCUGGCUCAGGAUUCUUAAAGCUGCUCCCAAACUGCAAAACCCAGACUUCCCUACCUACGAAGGUUGUGUGUUGUGUGAAAGGCUUCCCGGUUACCCCAGUCCACUCCUAUUAUAGUACUAUCCACGCAAGUAAUUAUGGUUUCUGCAUUUAUAGACCUAUCUGAUUUUUAUGAGCUGGAUGUCCAUCACUUGCAUUCCCCAGAAAUAUCGGGAAUCAGCAUAAUUAUCCAAUUAUGAAACUGCAUAUGAGAAAAAUAAAAUAUAUGUUUGUGUGGGGAGAAAAAGAGUUGGAAUCCUCACUGAAAUCCAACAGAAUACAAAAAUGAACCUUUUCUUCAAUGUGAUACAAAUGAGUGUGAGAAAAUAUUUUUCUUGCCCAUUUUGUGUUGCCUGCGGAAAGUAAACCUUUCCAUUGCAUGCUGUCAUGUGUCAGGAGCCUAGAGGCUCUCAAGAAUGAAUCACACUGCUGCCCUCUUCUGGUCUUCUGCUUCUCAGAUGAUUCAGUUGGCUCUCUUCUAUUUACAGACGUUCACAUAGUGCUGGACAGGGGUGUCAGGCCCCCACUGUGACCCCAAGCAGGUCACACUCUCAGCUUCAGAGGAAGGUAAAGGCAAACCCCCACUGAAUAAAUCUUACCAAGAAACUGUUAGGGCCACCCUAGUUGGAAACAAAGAGCUAUCAGACCUCAGAUCCUAGCCCAGAUUCUUCUUUUUUUGCGGGACAUUUUCAGAUGGAAGAAAAAAAGUAUUAAUUUUUUACUUUUAUGUUCUUGGCAAGCUUCUAUUUAGCUACUUACUUUCCUCCCAGUUGUGGUUCUAGGAUUCAUUCUUUGCUCUGCUCUGUAUCACUCUUCCAGCUAGGUGCAAGUGGGUUAAAUAUUUAUCCCAUUUUAAUAAAGUGAGAAGAAACACUGUC